UGGAAAACAAACAAAAUGGCGGCGCCGGAGGAUGUCGGAGUGAAACGUGCACACGUGGGGAAAAAGAAAACAGCUACAAAACGAUACUGGGACAGCGCUGAGAAAGAGGAAAAAGGGGAUGGAGACAAAGAACAAAAAGAAGAAGAAAGAAAGAAGCACCCUGAAGGAGGAAUGCCAGGUCUGGAAAAGAAGAGGAAAAUGAAAGAAGCUGGAGAAAAGAAGGUUAUAUCUGGGAAAGAGGACCCUUUCCCAGGCCCUGCCCCCAUUCCAAAAGAGAAGCUGAAGAAAUUCCAACGGGGGGUGAAGACAAAGCUGUCCUUAGAAACCAGUGGUAGACUAAAGGAAACACUUUCACGCUCAGAGAAAGCCUCUGAUCUGGCUCGGAACCAGGCAGCACGAUAUGACCUGCUGCUAACAGAGGAUGCUGGCUUUUUGGAAGGGGAUGAGGGUGAGGACACAUGCACUAUUGCACAGGAAGACAUUGCAGAUGCUGUAGACAUCACUUCUGGAGCAAAGUAUUUCAACCUGGUUCUCUCCCAGUUUGGGCCCUACCGACUGGACUACACUAGGACUGGCCGGCAUCUCCUGCUGGGUGGCCGGAGGGGCCAUGUGGCCUGUAUGGACUGGCAGUCUAAACAGCUGAUGUGUGAGAUGAACGUCAUGGAAACUGUGAAUGAUGUGAAGUGGCUUCACACUGAAGCCAUGUUUGCAGUAGCACAGAAGAAGUGGCUCUACAUCUAUGAUUCCAACGGGAUUGAGCUCCACUGUAUUAGGAAAUUCAACGAUGUUCUGCGACUGCAGUUCCUCCCCUACCAUUUCCUGCUUGCUACUGCGAGUACCACAGGGUUCCUGCAGUACCUGGAUGUUUCUGUAGGGAAGGAAGUGGCUGCCAUCUGCACCAAGGCUGGGCGUCUGGACGUGAUGGCUCAGAACCCCCAGAAUGCCGUCAUCCACCUGGGGCACCCCACUGGCACAGUGACACUUUGGUCGCCCAAUCAGAGAGAGCCGCUGGUGAAGAUGCUGUGUCAUCGAGGAGGUGUGCGGUCCAUUGCUGUGGAUAAGACUGGAACGUACAUGGUGACCUCGGGGCUGGACAGGAAGCUGAAAGUGUUUGACAUCCGAGCGUUCCAACCCCUACAGUCCUACUUCCUUCCUGCGGGGGCAUCUUGCCUCUCCCUGAGUCAGAGGGGUCUGCUGGGUGCCUCCACUGGCAACAUUGUGCAGGUCUACCAGGAUGUUUGGGGUACUCCGGUUAAAAAGCCUUACAUGGCCCACCGUGUGAGGGGGUCAGUGUGGGGAGCCCAGUUCUGCCCAUUUGAGGAUGUUCUGGGUGUGGGGCAUGCUGAGGGCUUUACCAGCAUGAUUGUCCCAGGUGCUGGGGAGCCUAAUUUCGAUGGACUGGAUGCAAACCCUUACCGUAGUGUUAAACAACGGCAGGAAUGGGAGGUGAAGGCCUUGCUGGAGAAGAUUCAGCCUGAGCUUAUAGGACUGGACCCAGGCCAGCUAGGGGAGGUGGACCAUGCCAGCUGGGAACAGCGGCACCAAGACAAAGUCCAGGCGCUGGGAUUUGAUCCACUUGCAAAGGAGAAGUUUACACCAAGGUUAAAGACCAAAGGUCGGAGUUCAUCAGGAAAAGUUGAGAAGCGCAAGAAGCAAGUGGCCCAUCAGGAUCAAAGGGAGCUGAUCAGACAGACCGUGGAGGAGAAAGUGGAGAAGGAAAAGGAGAAGAAGAGAGAGGAGAGUAAAACCGACCGCGGUCAGAGGUCAGCUCUGGAUCGGUUUAGGAAGUAGGACAGUGAGCCUCUGUCCCAACCCCCCAGCCUAAGGCCCCAGUGGGGCUGACCUUUUGUACAUUUUAAUAAAGAGCUUAUUCACAGACUCCUGAC